CUGUGGGCCUUAUUAAGUCCGCCAUUUAAGAAUGUCUAUAAAACAUAUAUUGUUGUGUCUAUGUUGUUGAUCAUAUUUUGACAUAUCGCUGAACGAUUUGACAAUUGUAUCAAAAGAAUGCCCCAGGAUUCAAAAAGAAUGAAUCGAAAAGGCUGUUUGACCCCCCUGUCUCCAGGACCUGUUGUGGACAUAAGUGACGAUGAAUUAGUUACUAUAUCUGUCAGAGACCUCAAUAGACAAUUAAAAUUGAGAGGCUUAUCCCGCGAAGAUAUAGUUCGCAUGAAACAACGCCGAAGAACCUUAAAGAAUCGAGGUUAUGCAGCUAGUUGUCGCAUAAAAAGGAUUGAGCAAAAAGAUGAAUUGGAGACCGAGAAGUCACAAGAAUGGAGAGACAUGGAAUUGAUGCAAGAAGAUAAUGCGAGAAUCAUGGAGGAAAUCAUGGCUUGGAGAGGAAAAUAUGAUGCUUUGAAAAAAUUUGCAGCUUCAAAGAAGAUUCCAUUGCCACCUGAAUUAGAACAUCUCUAGAAUAAUUAUGAAUUAAGAUAAUUGUUGUAUACGAAAGUGCUGUGAAGGAUUUACUUUCAGAUUUGAAAUACUAGAUAAAUGCUACCUGCGCAACACAUAUUGUUGCAUAGUA